AUGUGGUAUUAUGGAUGCAUCUUGUUCGCAUUGAGCUUUGCCGCCGUAUGUGCAGCCAUGGCUAUUGUCAAAUUUUAUCGGCAGCAAGAUUAUUUCAUCGGCACUCUUAAUGUAACCCGAAAACAAGUUCGACAGCAGGCUGGGCUCAUUUUCCCCACGCAUGGCCAAUAUGCGCAAAAGACGACUGUCAUCAUUCGAAAGGUGGUGUUGCGAUGCAUCUGCUAUCCACUCAUUCCACUCAUCUCAAAAGCAUGGGGUGUGGGCAUUCAAAUAGCUAUGAUUAAACAUGCGAAUGUUCCUUAUCCCAUUUUCUGUUUGGAUGGCUGGUUCGCCAACUUUUUGGGUUUCAUGGUGAGCUUUAUUUACUUCACCGAUCCAUCAGUGAUAACGGUGGUGCAAGAGAUAUGGACCCGAAUUAAGCAACGCUACGUCGAUGAAUAUUAUUCUGUGAACAUAAGUCGGUCGAAAACGACAUCGGGAUUUGCACAUCACCAUCCGCCUCAACCACCUCCACCUCCACAUAGUCCACCUACUAGACAACAACGACCAUCGGCUAGCACUACUUCUAUUCAAAGUCCCACAGGCAGCAGCAACCAAUCCAUACGCUCCUUUAGUGCCGAUGACGCUUUUCUUACCAUGCGAUACGCUCAACAGGAUAUGCAAGACACCAUGACAUCAUCGCCACAAGCACAUCAAGCCAUAGUUGACAGCUCAGCACCAUCAUCAGCUGUACCUGUGAUCGCGUCAGAGUUAAAGAUGCUCGAAAAAUACUACCGCAACCGAUUGCAAGGAGAUGAAAAAGGAGUGUCGUCUCAUCAACGGAUACCUUAUUUACGGCGAUUCACAUACCCCAAUGCUAAUUCAGUGCAACGAAGACAUCGUCCAGGGAAAAUUUACAAGGUCGUUGAAAUAGCAGAUGAUAUCCAGCUUCGUGAACUUCCAUCAACAUCACAACAACAACAGCACACUCGCCAGCAGCAAGAAGCAGCAGCUACCUUGUACAAGUGCUUACCAUGUUUUAUAUGGAAAGCCGGUGAACAAGAUAUGGGGGAUGGCGAUGAACAACAACAAAAGCAUGAUGUUCAUUGUUACUUACGAGGAUUGAAGAAACAAUGGGAAGACAUGGGACAUCCACGUCGUUUACCCAUGCAUCGUAUUCGCACUGCCGAUAUAUUACGUGGAUCAACGCUUAGUCCAGAAGAUCGAUCUGAGAUUUGGAGAAUGAAUACCAAUGCUACGGGUACUGUUGAUGAGGAUCAGCUUGAUACGCAUCUAUCACAUGUUUCGACAACAAGUGGUCCUUCAGGAUGGGCAGAGGUGAAAUCCUCUGGUUACGUGGAGCCCUAUGAUCAUCCACAAGUUGCAAAGUUGAUACAUUGGUUUUUGGUAACGGUGUGCCGAGUAAAACCAAGAGAUAGGCAAGAUCACGUCGUGGAGCUUAUUGAACUUUUUCCUGUAAAAGAGGGGGAUAUGAGCUUGGCAGAAGCUGCAGCACAGCAAGGAAUGCAAAACAGGGCGUCUAUACGAUCAUCAUUGUCACCGGAAAUAAGCGAGCAAUCACUUCCAAGCAGCAUGAAAGAAGAUACUAGUGCAAAAAGAAGCAGCUACCUAUCACAAAGCAGUGGAGGGACUAGCAAUAGCAGCAAGGCGUCUACAACAACAUCGAGCCUUUCAGGGUCUCCUAGGGUGGUGGCAAAGUCUUCAAAGCUCAAAGGUAAAGAACCUGCAAGAGGCAGACCAAAGAAACAUCCAUUAUGGCAUGACAAUGAGCGUGAACCACACAUUUCCAAUGCUGAGUUGAGACCUGGAAAGGAUACGCAGCGUCGAUCAAUAGAAGAUGGCAACCAUUUCUUGUUUACAGUAACCAAUGACAACGGUAGCCAAGAACAUCAUGAGUAUUUAUCAGCGUUGCGUGAAAGUGGUGAACAUCUCUCUCCUCCACAGCGACCUGGUUUGUUACGAAGGAUAUCGGGAAAAACAUCGCCUGGUGGUAAAAAAGAGAGCCCAUCCUCCUUUUUCAGCAUGUUGAGUAAUGGAAGCCUUAAAGACAAGCAUCCACAACAACGGAUACCAGGUGAGAGCUCUGAAACCAAAGUAUCUUUGGCUACACCAAAACCCGCCAAACCUAUCAGCCCAUCCGUUUUCGACACACAUCGAAGCAGCCCUGAGACCGAAAUCUCAUCCGCUGCUCCUUCACCCACAUCCAAUAUCUCGAAUCGAGUUUACCCUCAUUCAUUACGAGCACGACCCAAAGAACAGUAUACCCAAAAGAGCUGGAUACCACCACUAUCAACUGCCAGAUCAGUGGAGAGAGAUGGUGUAGCAUUACGAAGAGUACCAUCAACGCUCGUACAAGAUUUUCUUAACAAGCAUCGGUUAUUGGUGGAUUCAGAGGCUACCUAUCGACGAUCUACUGCUCGCGAGAAUCAUGCUGCAGCAUUGCAAUUCAUAUCCACCAUCGGUGCCGGGUUUUCACAAGGUGUGACAAGGGCCAUUUAUGUCAGCAAUUGGGAGCAUGAUAAUGAAAACAGGAUAAAGAUAUGCAAAGAGUCAUGGUCAUUUGAGGAGUUGGCCACCAAGUUAAUGGAUCCUGAUAUGUAA